GCUUGACCCCAGCUUCUACAACUGCCUGUGCUAUAGGGGAGCGCCACCAGCACCAUGGCAACCAAAGGAAAGGAAACAGCGUCAAGUAAAGAUGCCACCCCAAGCAACCCGCGGGGGAUUCCCUACGCCCCGUUCGUCGACCGAGUCGAGGACUACGUUGCGACCCGUGACGAUGUCGAACCUACCCUGCGAAGCUUCCAGGAGAUGAUCUCGAAAUACCAGUUUAUGGAGUUGAACCUGCAACGACGCAUGACGGGCCUGAAGGAGAAGAUCCCCGACAUCCAGAAAACCCUCGACUCUGUCAAGUUCCUGAAGUUGCGAAAGGACGAUGACGAGCCGAUUCAAACCACCUUCGAGCUGAACGAUACGCUUUAUGCUAAGGCAGACAUCCCCGCGACGGAAGAGGUCUACAUCUGGCUAGGGGCCAACGUGAUGCUGUCAUACCCUAUAGACGAAGCAGAGACUCUUCUGUCCCAGAAGCUAUCGACAGCCAAGACAAGCUUGUCUAACUGCGAAGAGGACCUGGAUUUCCUCCGGGAACAGAUUACAACCAUGGAGGUCGCAAUUGCAAGGGUAUACAAUUGGGAAGUUGUACAAAAGCGAAAGGACAAGGUCGACGAGGAGAAGGAGACGAAUGACGGAAAGGAGGGCGAGACCAAUAAAUAACGGAUGGAUUUCUAAGGCCGAUACCUGUGAAAGGAUCUAUGAGAUGACAAAAAAUAGACGGGAAAUGUUUCAUGUAAGAUGCGGUGCCUGAGUGAUGUAGAAUAUGCCAAGGCAAAUUUGUAGACACCACAUAAAGGUUCAAGUGUCUACAGAGCU